GUAUCUCAAAUGCCUUUUUGCUACUGUGCUUUUGAAGUGAUUAAUUUUUUAUAAAUCUUUUUUUUGCUGACCUACAAAAGAUUUAACUGCCUUUUUAUUUUCCGUCACUAACGUUUCUUCAUCCUCCUUCACCUUCCUUCCACAUUUCUCUGCAACAAUGGUGGAAUCAGCCCAACAUCACAAUAGAUAUCAUCUCCAACACCACUAACGCUGCAAUAAACUCGAUCCCAACACAGGAGUCGUCGAAUCUCACGAAAAAUAUCGAAAUUAAGGGUGUUGUUAACCCCAAAGGGUAAGUGUUUGUCAUUUGCUAGCAAGCUUCCCUCUUCCAUUGAUUUCCUUGAACUCCAUUGUAACAGAAUUGAUAGCUUCAUCAAUCUUGUAAUUUUUAGCGGAUCUACUGACGGAGUUAAUCUGCCAUCUCAUACUAAACUAAUGGCAUGACAUAAAUAACCCAAAGCCCCACUUUAUCUUGAUGAUAGACAUGGGGGCGUUUAUAUAAUGGCAUUACAAUAAUAUAUCGCAUUGGAAAUCGUGCCAAAGUAUUAAAUUUUUUUUUUGGUUUUUGUUUUGUCUUUUUUUUAAUAGCUUUAAAAUUAUAUGGACGACGUUAACUCCUUCACCCAUACUCUUCUUCCUCCCCCAAUCACACCGGUCUGCCAUUGAAGGACCCGGAGCUUUCCUUCACCUGCCACCUUCUUCUUCAUCCUCGAUCACCCAUCCUCCACCACCAUGCCAACCACCAUAUGCCGCCGAACUAAACGAAAACCCUAAGUAAAAAGGGAGAAACUAAAGGGCAAGGUCAACCCCAAAGGGUAGGAGUUACAUUAGCCUCCAUUGAAACUUCUCCCUGAGCUUGAAUUUCAGUAAUUGAAGUUUUUGAAAUUCCCAAUGAAGCUGUUGAAGUGAAUUUCCGUCAUUAAUGGCUUUCCUCAAGCUUAACGGUGUUAAUUAUUGAAAUUACAAACUUAUCCAUACUUAAAUACGCAAAUAGACAAUUAUACCCUCAGAUAAACUUGUAUUUUCUCAAUAACCCAUCUUUUAUCAAGGAAAAGUCUAACAUGCCCCUUUGAGAUGAGAUACAUGUAUUUUCUCCUUUUGAUUAGCUACGGAGGAGUUGACGAGCGAAUACCGUUGUUUCACCCAAACCUCUACCGAACCUCACAAAGACACAAACCCUGAAUUAGUUAUACCUCUCUUCACAUUGACAACACCUACCUACAACCUACCCAUCCCAUCUCUUCUCCGAGCUCAAAACAAACACAACAAUGGCGGCAACCGAGAAGAGGUGCUAUUACGAGGUAUUAGGCCUCCAACAAAGCUGCACCCAAGACGAAAUUCGCAGCGCCUACAAAAAGCUCGCCCUCCAACGCCACCCCGACAAGCUCAUACAAUCCGGCAUCGCCUCAGCCGACGCAACCGCCGCAUUCCAAGAGCUUGUUCGAGCCUAUGAAAUUCUAUCCGACCCGAAAGAGCGUUCUUGGUAUGAUUCACAUCGAUCCCAAAUCCUAUUUUCUUCGAAUUCUGGAAGUGAUUCUAAUUCCAAUUCUGAUUCCCCAUUCCCUGAUUUGUUUUCCUACUUUUCUCCUUCUUGUUACACUGAUUAUACGAAUCCUAAAACUGGGUUUUACAAGGUUUAUGGUGAUGUAUUUGAUAAAAUUUAUGCGCAUGAAAUUAAGUAUUGUAGGUUGAUGGGGUUGAAUUUAGGGUUAGUUAAGGAGGCCCCAUUGUUGGGGGAUUUGAAAUGUGAUUAUAGUCAGGUGAAUGCGUUUUAUGGGUAUUGGUUGGGGUUUAGUACUGUUAUGGAUUUUGGGUGGGUGGAUAAGUAUGAUGCUGCUGCCGGGGAGAAUAGGAAGUCGAGGCGGGUGAUGGAGGAGGAGAAUAAGAAGGUGAGGAAGAAGGCAAAGAGGGAGUUUAAUGAGACGGUUAGGGGUUUGGCGGAGUUUGUGAAGAAGAGGGAUAAGAGGGUCAUUGAUAUGAUGGUGAAGAAGGAGAAGGAGAGGGAGAAGAAAAGGGCGGAGGAGAUGGCGAAGAAGAAGGAGAAGGAGAGGGAGAAGUUGGAGAGGGCGAGAAUGUAUCAGGAGCCAGAUUGGGCUAAGGUUGAGGAAGUGGAGUUGGAGGAUUUGGAGGAGGAUGGGGAGGGAGAGGAAGAGAGGAAGGAGUUGUAUUGUGCUGCUUGUGGGAAAAAGUUUAAGUCGGACAAGCAGUGGAAGAAUCAUGAGCAGUCAAAGAAACAUAAGGAGAAGGUGGCUCAUUUAAGGAAGUCUUUCAUCGAGGAAGAUGAUUUCGAGGAUGUUGAACAGGUGGAUGUUGAUGGUGGAAUUCAGCAUGAAGAUGAAACUGAGCCUGUGGCAAAAAUUGUGGAUGAUAAGAAUGAUGUGGCAGGGAAUGUGGACAGUGAGAACGUUGUCAUCGAUGAUGGUUUUGUGUCUGCAGAGGAUGAUGUUGAUGAGUUAGAAGAGAGGUUUCAGGAAAGUGUUGGGUUUGAGGAGGGAAAAAGUAGAUAUGAACUCCCUUCUGAUAAAGAAGAUGGCAUUGGUAAUGAUGAAUUGAAUGAUAUUGGACAGUCUCCUGGUGGAUCCGAUGAUGAGUCAAUUGAUCUUGAAGCCAUGAUCUCUGGUCGCUGGAAUAAGAAGCAUGUGACUUCAAAGAAUGAAUCUUUCGAAAGGAAUAAUGUUCAGAGUGAGGAUGAUAUAGAGCCUAUGGAGUAUAAUAACAAAAAAGUAAAAAAGAAGAGCAGAAGAGCCAAGAAAGAGAAGGACAAACCUUUUCAGGCAGAACCGUCAAGAGUAGGUGAUAAUGUUACCAAUGUACCAGUUAUGGAAAACAAUGGACUCAGUGCUUCAGAUACAGCAAACAACGCGGAUGAUGAUCAAGUUGAUCAUGACCCACAAACUAGCACCAAGGCCGGGAAAAAAUCUUUUGGAAGGAAAGAAAAAGGUACCAUCAAGCGAGAUACUGAGACAAAACCAAAGAACUCGUGUAAAGGAAGGAAACAAAAGGAAAAAUCUAAAAAUCUCGAACCUGUCUGUGAAAAAUGUGGGGAAGAGUUUGAGUCAAGAUCUAAACUUCACAAACAUUUAAGUGAAACUGGUCAUGCAACGGUGAAAAUUAGAUGAUGAAUUGGAAAUUGCGUCGCACAAACACAUUCUUCUCCCUCAUGUUGGUGGUGCUGAUUAGCUGCAUGAGGGUGAUUAUUUUACGUUCAAGAAUAGAUGUUGUCUUGGCCUGUCAAUUCUUGGGAGCUAAUAUACACAUAUCUGUUUUUCACGGGGAUAGCUUGCUUGAGUCGCUUCAACAAAAGAGAAAAUUUUAGAUGUAGCUAAUUUUCAUGUCAGGAUGACCGAGAUAUGUUAUUGUUUGUGCCAUCUUUGGAUGGAUGUUCUUUAUCUGUAUUUUUUGAUGGGGCAAGGGAGGUUACCUAUAUUAGCAAAAAAUCUUUGUUCUGUGCUGAAUAAAGGUUGGGGUUAGGAUGAUAGUAGACAAGAAAGAAGAAAGGUAACUCAAAAAGCAAAAUUUUUUAAUACUAAAUGUUUGCAUGGAACAUCAUAAUUCAUACAGUAUAAAUUAAGCUGUAAAGAUAUCUACUCCAAUGAGGCAAUGACUACGUUCUUUGGUCA